CGUAUCCACAAUCCACUAUCCGUUUAUUACAUUUUUUUAUUUAGCUCGUCAAAAUUUAGUUUGGGAUUUUAAUUUUUCAAUAAUUUGUACAAAAUGAAGUAUUUUCUAGUCAUAUCAUUAUCAAUUUUAAUAUGCUUAGCUCACUGUAAAUUUGAUAUCGAAGAAGUGGACGAGUUUGAGGAGUUUGAAGAGUUACCUAGAACUGAACCUGAUUUGAAAUUGAAGGAUGACUCCUCUUCUCCCAUCUUGGAAAAAGCUGAGGCUGAAGUCACCGUCGAAGAUGAUGACGAAUUUGAACACUUUAACGACGAAGAGGAGUUUGAAGGUUUUGACACUGAAAGAUUACAUGUCGACGACAAGGAUCCUAAAAUAACUAUUGCUUCUGUACCAGUUCCUUUCCAUACAAAGUGGUCAAAUUAUAUUAUGGAAACUCUAUUAAUUAUUGGUAUUAUUGCAUAUUUUGCCAAUUUUUUCUAUGGCCGGUCAAAGAAUGCUCAGUUAGCAGAUAUAUGGUUUAAGACACACAAAUCCUUACUCGAAGAUAAUUUUUCUUUAGUUGGUGAUGAUGGUAAGAUUGAAAUAGAGAAUAGUGGCUUGAUCAAAGAAACUGAAAGUACAUAUACAUUAUGGUGCAGUGGCCGUACUUGCUGUGAAGGAAUGUUGGUUGAAUUAAAAUUCAUUAAGAGACAAGAUUUAGCAUCCAUGUUGAAUCAAUUCUUACGACCUGUUAAAGACGAAGUACAAAUAAAAGUUGAUAUGAACAAAGAAGAUAUGGAUACAUUUGUUUUUUGUGUAGCAUCUAAAAAAACAGCAGCUCGAUAUUCGAAAGAAAUGGCUGACCUUAGUGUAUUUUGUCCAGAACGUAAGCCUGGAGCCAAUUAUGGUUUGACUGAUAGUUUUAGUGUACACAGCGAAUUAGGAGAGGUAUCUUCAUCAAUAUUGGAUGCAAAGACUGUUAAUUAUAUUAACAAAUACUCAGAUGUCAUUGAUUGUUUACAUUUUUCUGAUAGAUAUUCAGGACUUAAGUUAACAGAUGAAACUGCAGUUCCCACUAAAUUACCAGCAGUGAAGAAAGUGUUAAUAUUCACAUUUACUAUUCCUACUGAUAAAUACGCUGAUCCUCAGGAAGCGAUUAGUACCAUUUACCCAUUAAUGUCAUUUAUAUUCCAAUGUAUGGAACGUAUUAAGCGGUUGAGAAUUAGCAAAGAAGCUAAAAGUAAAGCGGAAAAAAAUAGACUGCGUGUUGAGGAAGCAUUUUUAAAAACUACUCAUGCAGCACGUGCUGAAGCAGCUGCGGCAAGAAAAGAAGAAAAGAAAAAACUUGAAAAAGAAAGAAUUUUAAAAGAGGACCCAGAGAAGCAACGAAAGUGGGAGGAAAAAGAGAUGAAACGUCAACAAAGGAAAAAGGCACCAAGAAUGAAACAACUAAAAGUUAAGUCUAUGUAAAAGAUGAUACGGGGUUUUAUUUAGUUUUUUGUAUUUUUAAUUGUUGGUCUUUGGUUACAUUAGGUUACAAUAUAGGUAGUUGAUUUUUUUUAUUAUUAUUAUUUGAAUUGUUCAAUUUUUUUUCAUUUUAAUAAUUUAUUGUAUUAUAUAUUUUAGGUGUAACUUUUUUUUGGUAUGUUAUUUUUGUGACAUACCUUUGAACUGUAUUGAUAUCAUCCCAAACUAAAUAAUAUAUUUCUUAUUCAUUACAUUUAAAAACAAGUUACCUAUGUGUUUAAAUUAGGUAUAUUUAUAAACAGACUGCCAUUCGUUUUAAAAAAUAUAUAAUUACAUUUUAUUGCUCAUAAGUCAUAAGUUAUGGCAUAAAAUGUAUUUAAUAAUCUAAGUGUGUUGAAUCAAAUUUAAUGUUAAAUCUAUGUGAAAAAAUAAAUAAAAUCAAUUUAUAUAGAACAAAA